CCUGUUUUCCUCUUGUUCUCCUUGUUAAAUUCAAAGUUAGUUUCUGAGCCGUAACACAGUGACAAUGUGGCUCCUUAUUCUUCUGCUGGGAGUUGCGGCCUGUUCCUGUGGGAUUUACAGGUUUCUUUUUGGCAAGCGCAGUCCCUUCUCUGCUGAAUCAGUGAGACCGCGGGGAAAACGCGUGCAUGACCAGAAGGAGAGAGACAAAGUGCUUAAGCAAGGGUUCAGUGUCGAUAAAGUGCCAAAGGACCUGGAUGCUAUUGUGAUUGGCAGUGGCAUUGGGGGGCUGACGGCAGCGGCAAUAUUGGCCAAGGUUGGCAAGCGGGUCCUAGUCCUGGAGCAACAUGACCAAGCAGGAGGCUGCUGCCACUCAUACAUCGAGAAGGGCUUUGAGUUUGAUGUUGGUCUCCACUACAUUGGUCAGCUGCACGAGAACAGUCUGUUCCGCGUUGCUUUGGACCAGAUCACUGAAGGACAGGUGGAGUUCAUCAAGCUGGACCAGCACUUCGACACCAUUGUCAUUGGUGGCGGUGAUGAACGCCGCAUCUACCACAUUCACACAGGCAAAACGGAAAUGGCAGAACAUUUAAAACAGCAGUUUCCCAAUGACACUCAAGCCAUUGACGCCUUCUUCAAAAUAAUGAAGGUCUCGGCUAAGAAGACGCACUAUCUAGCAGCCCUCAAGCUGAUCCCGCUCUGGUUGGCGUUGUUCCUGCUCAAGUCCCGCAUUGCUCACCUCUUUUCCCCCAUCUUCAAAUGGGCCAGCACAAGUGCGACGCUUAUGAACAACCGCCUGACCAGCAACAAGGAUCUGCAUCUAAUCUUCUCCUACUUCUUCUACGGUGUUCCCCCAAAGGAUUCCAGCACCGUCAUCAAUGCUCUGCUGCUCCAUCACUACAAGCGCGGGGCUUAUUACCCGAAGGGAGGGGCCAGUGAGAUCCCUUUCCACAUCAUACCCGUCAUUCAGAAAGCUGGGGGAAACGUAUUGGUUAGAGCCCCCGUCUGUUGCAUCCUGGUGGAUGAAAAGGAAAGAGCAUAUGGUGUGACGGUAAAGAGAGGCACAGAGGAGGUGAAGGUGCUGGCACCUGUCGUCAUCUCCAAUGCAGGUGUGUUCACCACCUACCAGAAGCUCCUCCCACCAGAGAUUCAGGCCAAGCCAGAAAUUCAAGAGCGCCUCAAUAUGAUGAAACAUGGUAGGGGGAGCUUCUUAGUCUUUGCUGGCUUUGAUGCCACACAAGAAGAACUGGGAAUUGUGUCAACCAACUCCUGGCUCUACAAAACCAACGACAUGGACGAUAUGAUGGAUUGUUUCUUUAGUCUGAGCAAGGAGGAGGCGCCUGAUAACAUUCCCAUGAUGUUCAUAACAUUCCCUUCAGCCAAAGACCCCACUGCCAAAGUCCGCCACCCAGGGAAAUCAUGGAUGACUCUCCUGACCAUGGUGAAUUAUGAGUGGUUUGAGGAGUGGACGGACACUGGCGUGAAGCGAAGAGGGAGUGAGUACGAGGCUUACAAAAUGAGAUAUGCAAACACGCUGUUCGACUGGGCUUGUGAGCACUUUCCCAAGCUGAGGGAUAAGUUGGUGUUCCUGGAAGCGGCCACACCCCUCACCAACAUGCAUUACCUGGGUGCUUCACGUGGGGCCAUGUAUUCAGCCGAGCAGAACCUGGACAGGUUCCACCCUGAGGCCAUAGCCAGGAACAAGUGCUCCACACCAGUGAAGAACCUCUUCAUCUCAGGUCAGGACGUGUUCAGCUGCGGGAUUGCGGGGGCCUUGCAUGGGGGGCUCCUCUGCGCUUCCACGGUUCUCGACCACAUCAUCUACAUCGACCUCCUUUUCCUCAAGAAGAAGCUGAAGAAGCAGACGAGUGCCAAGCUAACCAAGAAGCAGGAGUAACCUCAGGCCCCUAUAUCUGCAGCCCCCCCCCGCCCCCUUUACUCCACAUGACUUUGCAGGGCUUUCAAAAUUACACACAAAUGGACCAGAUGUGAAGGCAUGACUUUCAAUAAACAAAAAUACUUCCCAUCUUCAAAGCUCCCCAUGGUGUGUGUGUGCGUGUGUGUGUGUGUGGUGGACUGGCAUCCCUUCCAGGGUGUACCCCAGCCUCACUCCCUGCUAUGCUGCCUUGGAUAGGCUCCAGGCCCCCAUGACCCCAAUCAGGAAGUAGUUAGAAGAUGUAUGAAUAGAUGGAAAAGAAAAUAGAAAAUUAUUCACGUUCUUUAGGAGAACAUGCAUAAACUGUGAAUAACCGUCUCUUGAUAUUAUCUUUAAUCCAUCCAUCCAUCCAUCCAUCCAUCCAUCCAUUUUCCAAACCGCUUAUCCUAUUGGGUCGUGGGGGGUCCAGAGCCUAUCCCGGAAGCAAUGGGCACAAGGCAGGGAACAACCCAGGAUGGGGGGCCAGCCCAUCACAGGGCACACUCACACACCAUUCACUCUCACACGCACACCUACGGGCAAUUUAGCAACUCCAAUUAGCCUCAGCAUGUUUUUGGACUGUGGAGGGAAACCGGAGGAAACCCCACGACUAAGUAUUAUGUGAGAAAAAAAACAACAUGAAUUAAAAUAGCAGACUGUGACACAGUUUCCUUAAAUAAAUUUGUAUUGAAAUAGGAUGAUCAUCUGCAUAACCUUUACUGAUGUUCUCAAUGGCGGUUUGAAUAAGGUGCUAUGCAAAGGAUUCUGCAUUUGUACACUUGAGUGGGCUACUUCACCCCCACACCAGAGUUAAUUUGUCACUGUUCAAAAUGACAUCAGUUGAUGAGACACGUGUUUAUUUUGUGGCAUCAAAGCAUCCUGCAAAUAUUUAGCUUUGUGAAUUACUGCCCAUCUCUAGCAAUUAAGGAUUAGCCUCUACACGUUUAUGUAGAGCUUUAAAAAAAUGUUGAAAUUCUGCCAUAAAUAAAUGUC